CGUGGAGACUAAUCAAAGGAGAAGUGUGUGUGCAGUCGUUCAGCUUUCUGCAGCAGCAGAAAUAUCGUGUUUAGCAGACCAGGACAGAGCAAAGGAUGCUGGGUCCUUCAAACGUGCCAGUAGAUAACGCCUCAGCUGCUGAAGAUCAAGAUAAGGAGUAUGUGGGAUUUGCCACUUUGCCAAAUCAGGUUCACCGUAAAUCUGUGAAGAAGGGCUUUGACUUCACCGUAAUGGUGGCAGGAGAGUCUGGUUUAGGAAAAUCCACCCUGGUCAACAGUCUGUUCCUCACAGAUCUCUACAAAGACAGAAAACUGCUCAACGCUGAGGAGAGGAUCACUCAGACGGUGGAGAUCACUAAACACACAGUGGACAUUGAAGAGAAGGGUGUCAAACUCAAGCUUACUAUCGUGGACACACCAGGAUUUGGAGACGCUGUCAAUAACACUGAAUGCUGGAAGCCAGUGGCAGAUUACAUUGAUCAGCAGUUUGAGCAAUACUUCAGAGAUGAGAGUGGACUGAACCGCAAGAACAUUCAGGAUAAUCGCGUGCACUGCUGCCUUUACUUUAUUUCACCCUUCGGUCAUGGUUUGAGGCCUCUGGAUGUGGAGUUCAUGAAAGCUCUCCAUGAGAAGGUCAACAUUGUUCCUGUUCUAGCUAAAGCGGACACACUCACCCCGACUGAAGUCAAGAAGAAGAAGAUCAAGAUUCGAGAGGAGAUUGAGCAGUAUGGGAUCAAGAUCUAUCAGUUUCCAGACUGUGAUUCAGAUGAAGACGAGGACUUUAAACAACAAGACCAGGAGCUCAAGGACAGUAUUCCCUUCGCUGUGAUUGGCAGUAACACAGUAGUGGAGGCGAAAGGCAAGAGGGUUCGAGGCCGUCUGUACCCCUGGGGAAUUGUAGAAGUGGAGAAUCAAGCACACUGUGACUUUGUGAAGUUGAGGAACAUGCUGGUACGAACACACAUGCAGGAUCUGAAGGAAGUGACGCGGGAAACUCACUAUGAGAACUACAGAGCGCACUGCAUUCAGAGUAUGACACGUAUGGUGGUGAAAGAACGAAACCGCAGCAAACUGACCCGGGAGAGCGUCACAGACUUCCCCAUUCCAAUGGUGACCAGUGCCACAGACAACGAGACAGAGAAGCUGAUCCGUGAAAAAGACGAGGAGUUGCAACGGAUGCAGGAGAUGCUGCAGAAGAUUCAAGAACAGAUGCAAACGCAGAAAGAGGCAUAUUAACGAUGUCACUGUGAUCUUAAGCACUGCCCCUGACCACACCCACCAGAGUUGCCCCUUCCCCCUCCAGCAACUUUACAGUGAACCCAGCAGAACUGGACCGCAUUGCACAUGACGACCAUGUCUACAAAGACGCUGUAUUUGUGCAAUCAACAAAAACAAGCCAUUAUUUGACCAUUCCAGACACAGAGAGUAUAUAGUCUAUACUGGUGAAUCUCAUGAAAACAUGCCAGAUCACAAUUCUCCUAAAAAAUCAAAAGAAAAUAACAUAAAAAAUAACCUGUAUAUAUGUCUAAUUUUAGGACCAUUAAGUGACAUUAUUUUCUGUACAAUUUAGCACUUUUUUUUUUUUUUUUUAUUCCCAAACAUGAAUGAGAAUGAGAUUUUUUUUUUUAAUAUUACAGUUUGGAGACGUUUAUAUUUAUGUCAUUAUAUUACGCUCAUUUUUUACUGUAAUACAAUAAUGACUGUUACAGUAAUGUAAAAUAUUUUUAUAAUUUUAUUUAUAUAUAUAUAUAUAUAUAUUUGUAUAUGUAAGUGCAUUUCCUCCCCAAUUUUUUUUUUGUUUUUUUUUUUUGAUAAUGCUUAUUAUGGAGGGAAUUUAUUUUCUGAAAUAGUUUUGCAUUCCCUCGCAAUUAUUUUGGGUUCCAUGGUACCAUGGUUUUACUAUAGUCAUUUUGUAGAAACCAUGUUUUUUGGCGUAAUCCAUAGUUUGGAUACAAUUUACCAUGAUUUUACUGCAAUAAGAUACUGUAGUAUCCAUAUAGUAACCAUGGUUUCCGUAAUACCGUAGUAACCAUGACUGUUGUGACUGUGGUUAAUCUUGUGGUUACUAUGGUUAAACAAUGGUUACUAUAAUAAAACCAAGGUUAAUUUUCAAUAGUUUAACUAUGGUAUUUGUAGUACAAUCAUAGUAACCACAAAACUAUGAUUUGUAAUGGAAUAGUUUUGAUUUUCCUGUAGUAUUACUAUGGUUUUACUACAAAUAACAUAGUUCAGCUUUUUGCAAGGAAACACAAAGCUUGUUGUGAGGGAACAAAAAAGUAUUUCAUAAAAUAAGUUCCUCUAAUGAUUACUGUAAUAGUCAUCAUUCUAUUAGAGUAAAAAAAUGAGAAAUUAGAUUUUCAAUAUAAACAUCUGCAUAAGUUCAAGGCUGUACAACAACUACUUCCUUGCUGAAUUUAAAUAAUAUCACAAUAAUUUUUUCCUUUUUUUGCAUUAAAGUAAUAAGAAUGUGUGUUUUUUUAGAUAUUACAGUAAUGAGAAUUUUGUGGGUGAAAAAUGAUCUGGACACAUUAAUGGGUUACAUAAAUAUUCUGUGGUGAAAUGGGUUCCACUGCAUGCUAAUUGUUAGCUAGCAAGCAAAAAAAAAAAAAAAAAAAAAAAAAAAAAUUCUUAGAGAAAAAAUUUUUUGAGAGAGAAUUUUAUUUAUAAAUUAUUUUUAGUUUUUUAGAUAUUUUUUUUUUUUUUUUUAAGAGAGAGAGAAAAUAAAUAUUUGUAUGACAUAGUCUCAGGAAAGCACUGAGAUACCUAAAAAAAAAAAAAAAAAUGCCACCUAGUGAAUUUUGUUUUCCACAGUGCGGUUCAGGGCUUCCGUAUGAGAGCAUUCUGAUACAGAAUAGUUCAUUAAAUAGAAUUAUAUCCUAAUUUAAUGAUAAGAAUAAAGUCUUUUAUUCUGUGAAGGAUGUUCUGGUUCAGGGGCCAGUAAAGACAGAAGCCCUUUAACCACUUUGCUUGUUGUCCAUUAUGUGUUUGUACUUCCAAAAUUGUUUUAUAAUUACUCAAUAUCAUAGGAUAGACGCAGUGAAUUUAUUUUAAAAAGAUUCUACAAUGUGUACGUUUAUUUGUACAAUGUUCGUUAAUUGCAUCUGUUGUGUAUUUCGGUUUUGUUAAUACAAUACUGCAAAAUUGCUUCUAAUGGAACAAUUCCUUUAUUUUCUUAUUGGAAAUAUAAAGUACUGUAGAGCGAUAUUUUUGGUAACAAGGCUUGCACCUUUCUCCUCUGGAAAAGCUGUGUCAGGCCUUGAAGUUGAACUCAUUUCACAAGUGCAUGUUUAAUGAAGAGAAUGAGAAAAGGACAUUUGUGAUAUGAAUAUACAGAUGCUUUUUUAUUGUGACUGGGAUGCUCAUAGUAAAGUUAUAGUCUUAUAGACAUGGAGUUAGUCUAUUUUCCCAUGUCAUAUAUUUUCUUUGGUAAUGUUGGUGAAAAGGAAUAAUAUUAGUAAGAUGUGUUAAUUACCAGAGUCGUAGCGAUCGCUGUAUUGAGUAAAAGAGGUCAAUGAUUAAACACUUUUACUAUAGAUGCUUAUAUUCUAUUGUUACACGUUCUUUUAUUUUUGGCAUAAAAGGAUAUUUAGCAAGAUUAUUAAAUUGAUUGAUUGUUGGGUUAUGAUGUCUUAAGUCCUGGAUAUUAUUUAUAUUCAGUGGCCUUUUCAAACUGUUUUAGAAAUCUAAUAGAAAUAUAUUACAGUUUGUUUCAGGUACACAGUUAAGGACAGCAAAACACUCUGACUUGAUGCUGUUUUGUUUUUAAUAUAUUUUCAUCUUAUAUUUUUAACAUUCUUUGUUUAUUUUGGUCUAGAAUUCUUUAUGACUGUUUCUAUUAUUAUAAUAAUUGUUUUUAAUUACUUAUCUUUGUACAAACUUCACUGCUCUAUUUUUAUUUUGUAUUGGACUUUUUUCACUGGCUUCCAUAAAUACAUAAAAAAUAUUGUUUAAAGGAUGAACUGAAUAUUUGAAAUAAUAAAUACAAACUGUUAUGUGA